AUGGCAGGCCAAUGGGAGGAGCAGCCAGGUCGUUUCGAACAGGCCGUCGUCCCAGGUCUCUGCGGCUGUGGCUUGACUGCAGACAGCAAGACACGGGCGUCUCCUGCUGUCGCACCUGUCGCCCGCCGGCUCUCUUUCCAGGCUCCGAAGCUCUUCACGACUUUCACCGCCCACAACCUGCAGGCGAAGAUCAGUGCCGCGGGCAUGGAUGGCGUGCACUCCCGCCGGCGCUUUGCCAGCAUGCGCAUCUCCCGAGCCAAGCAGCAGACAGGUCAGUUCAUCGCCCGCCUCGUGCUUCACCCGAUUUUCGACUCUUUCUACGCCUUGGUCGUGAUUGCAAACUCUGUCUUCAUUGGGCUCGAGGUGGAGCAUUCCAUCUCCGGCAACGAUGAUCGGCCAACGUCGAUGUUUGUCGCGCAGUAUAUCUUCACCGUGCUCUUUGCUAUUGAGCUGCUCCUGCGCGUGCUGGCUCACGGCCCCAGGUUUUUCUGCUCAGAGGAUUGGACCUGGGCCAUUCUGGAUCUGGUGAUCGUGGUGAGCUCCAUCUGGGAGAUCAUCGUGCAGCACGUGGAAGCCGCCACACCGCCUGGAGAGGAGUCCGAGCUGGGUACGAUCGCCGGCAUUUCCAGUCUCAAGGCCUUCCGGAUCAUCCGCAUCACCCGCAUCCUGAAGACGGUGCAGGUGGUCCGGAUCCUCCGCUUCGUGGUGGCGCUCCGCACGCUGGUCACCUCAAUCUUCUACACCCUCAAGUCUCUGCUGUGGGCGCUGGUGUUGAUUUUCCUGAUCGAAUACGUGUUCGCGAUCCUCUUCACUCAAGCCGUGAAUGACUACCUCCGCGACCCCCUAUCUCCGGCGCUGGAGCCCGCGGAGGAAGACGCGUGCAGAAUCUACUUCGACGACGUGUUUACCACAAUGCUCAGCCUGUUUAUGAGCAUUGCGGGCGGCGUGAGUUGGGAGCAAGUCAUCCUCCCGCUGAAAGCAAUUGCGCUGCCUUGGGUACUCCUUUUCAUCGGUUACAUGUUCUUCACAUAUUUUGCGGUCUUGAAUGUGAUUACGGGUGUUUUUUGCCAGACAGCGAUUGACAGUGCGCAGAACGAUCAUGCGACAGUGAUCCAUUCGAUUUUGGCUAACAAGCAGGCUCAUCUGGAGAAGGUGCGCGACCUUUUCAACAAGCUGGGGGCGGAGAACACCGGUGGCAUCACGUACCUCAUGUUCGAGGAGAAGAUCACCUCCCCGGAGGUGAAGGAGUACUUUGAAUCUCUUGGGCUCGUCGCGCGGUUGCAGCAUCGAGGAUGGAACAGCGGAGGAGGCUGGAAGCAGUCCAAUUGGAAUUGGAAAAGGGGGUACGGAGCUCCGAAAGGACAAACCCCAAAGAUCAAGGCUCGCCCAAGCACCAGAGAUGAUGAUAUGGAAGCUGACUGGGACUACUGGUCCAUUGCCAUCGCAAAUUGCAAACAUGAUGUGCACAGAGUCGCUAGCCCAGCGGAAGCAAGAGAUGCUGGCACAGCCGUCGUGCUGGAUGAUGCCUACGACAAUGAUAUUUACGAACGUCAACGUCAGGAAGAGUAG